AUGGAAACAAAGGCAGUCAGUGUAUCGCUUCCAACAUGGAAAGCCAAUGUCGGUUACGAAGAAGGAGAGCCGUGGGUUAUGAGUAAGAUGCAAUGCGGUUAUCCUCGAUUCUUCGUACACCCGACUAUUAAAGAACUUGCGAAAGAGGUCGUGCAAUGCUACGGAAAUCCGAACACGGAGUCCGCCAUGUUGUUUCCUUCCUCCAAGGCUGCGCAUAUUUGUCGUUCAUUUAUCCUGUCGAAUUUAUCUACAGACGACUCGCAUAGCGUGCGUAUUAUAGAAUUUGUCCCUUCUCCACGUCCAAAAUCUGAGUCAGCAAACGUCACUUCGCUCUUGUCAUGUGUGAUAUAUCCAAAUGAACUUGGACCGGUUGCGAAGCAAGUAUGGCAGCAUACGGGCAAUGGUGUGUCAAGCCGUCGAGGUGAAUUCUGUCUCAGUGCAUUGAGAGACGGUUUUCUUGUGGAAAAGAAAUCCACUGCGACAGAAACUGUAGCCCAGCGGAUAUGUAAAGGUCCGCGAAGAUACCAGGGAAAGAGCACGGUGAAUGGUGCUUUUCGGGUAGGUGGGACGCAUCCCUCACCAACGGAUUCGUCGAUGGCCACGGAUGGUGUACGGGAUGGGCGAGAACAUAUCCAGUUCAUCGAAGAGCGUUUUGGCCGGAAUUUGAAUACUUCCCUAGCGGACCAAGCAAAAAGAGCUGUGCGCAAACGUAUCGCAGGUGUCCUAAAAGCGGAUGUGGAACUGAGUGAAGCUCUCAACGCAACGUCUGAGGAGGGAAGAGUAGCAGGGUUAACAGAGUCUGAUGUGUUCCUUUUCCCCACUGGUAUGAGCUCAAUCUUCAACUCCCAUCAGAUGCUGUUAGCUGCCAGAGGUGCCAUGAAAAGCAUAUGUUUUGGUUUUCCUUACAUUGACACGCUGAAAACUCUUGAAAAAUGGGGGCCUGGUUGUUUAUUCUAUGGAAAUGGCUCGUCAGAGGACAUAGACGACUUAGAGGCGCGAUUAGACUCUGGGGAAAAGUUCCUCGCAGUCUUCACUGAGUUCCCUGGCAAUCCUUUGCUUAAGUCCCCGGAUCUCAAACGUAUCCGUUCUCUCGCAGACAAAUACGACUUCGCAGUGGUUGUGGACGAGACAGUGGGGAGUUUCCUCAACAUCAAUGUGCUGCCAUAUGCCGAUAUUGUGGUCAGCAGUCUAACAAAAAUCUUCAGCGGAGACAGUAAUGUCAUGGGGGGUAGUGCUGUGCUCAAUCCACAUGGGCAAUACUAUUCAUCUCUCAAAGACACGUUUGCCCGUGACUAUGAGGAUAAUCUCUGGGCUGAAGACGCAAUUUUCUUGGAAAGGAAUAGCCGCGAUUUUGUAUCAAGAAUCGAGAAGAUCAAUAGCACCACCGAAGAGAUCACAGAAAUGUUACAAAGCUCAUCACUUGUGAAAAACGUCUUCUACCCCAAAUGUAACCCUUCAAGGCCCUUAUACGAAGCCUUUCGCCACCCCAGUGGUGGCUAUGGUGGUCUGUUCUCUGUUACUUUCUACUCAACGGCCCAAGCUAUUGCUUUCUUUGAUCACCUAGAAGUCCUCAAAGGCCCCAGUCUCGGUACCAAUUUUACUUUGAGUUCGCCAUACACUUUAUUAGCCCACUACGGUGAGCUUGGAUGGGCAAGCUCUUUUGGUGUAGAAUUUGACCUGGUGAGGAUAAGUGUUGGCUUAGAGGAUAUUUCUGAUCUUCGCUGUCGGUUUCAACGGGCAUUGGAGGCCGUAGCAAAGGUCAAGACGUAG